AUGCGACCGAGCGUUCGAAGCUUUGAAGGUUAUCUGAACUCGUUACCUGUAUUAGCCAAGCAGUCUAUCGGCGAGCUACUUCACAUAUACUUAUCCUCGACCGAGCAUGCUGUUGGCUCAGAAUUGGUAAGGUCGGACGACGAAGAACAACCUGUGUAUUUUCUGAGUCACAUCCUAAAGGACGCUGAAUCUCGCUACACUGGUCUCGAGAAACUUACCUUCGCAUUAGUCCUCGCCGCCCGAAGACUCCGACCCUACUUUCUCGCGCACACAAUCGUCGUCAUGACGAACAACCCUUUGGGAAGAGUACUUCUCAAUCUCGAGGCGUCCGGACGAUUAAUCAAAUGGACAACCGAGCUCAGCGAGUUCGACAUACAAUACCAGCCCCGGACGGCAAUUAAGGCGCAAUCCUUGGCGGAUUUCGUCACCGAAGUGCAGAACCCCGAGCCCGAAGCCACUUGGAGGGUGUACGUGGACGGGUCGGCCACGCGGCAGGGAAGCGGCAUCGAUCUUCUGUUGAUUUCACCACAAGAAGAGCGGAUGCAUCUGUCCGUUCGGCUGGAUUACCGCUCAACCAACAACGAGACAGAGUAUGAGCAGCUCUUGGGAACCUUCGAGAUCAACAACACAUGGCUGAAGCUGUACGCGGAGGCCUUCGACAAGCUCAAAACCAACUUCGGUGAGGUUGUCAUAUUGAAGAUCCACCGAGCGGAGAAUCAAGCGACAAAUGAGUUGGCAAAGCUGGCGAGUUCGAUAACACCGAUCGUCACCCAGCAAUCGAUCGAGCAGGUAUCCUUAGUGGCUCACAUUGACAGGAUGGAGGGUCUCGCGUUCCCGAGCGACUGGAGGACGACCAUAGUGGAAUUUUUACGAUCAAGAGCUGCUCAGUCCGAUCGGGCUGAGGCACAGUUGCUAAGAAGGAGGGCGGGCCGGUUCACCCUCAUCGGGGAUCAGCUCUACAAGAAGGCUUUCUCCCGUCCAUUGCUAAAGUGUAUCAGUUCGGAAGACGCGGAAUAUAUACUAAAGGAAGUGCAUCAAGGAUCCUGUAGAGGACACCCCGGCGGCCGGUCGUUAGCAAAGAAGAUCUUGCUAGCCGAAUAUUUCUAG